AUGAGGGGCCUGGCCGCUUCUGCCAGGCGUAUUGCGGCUAUGACAGGCUGCUCUGCAGAUACACCGUACGAAAAACUGCUGGAUAAAUUGUCCCAGUUGUUCGCGGAGAAGGCUGAACACAGUCAGCUGAAAAUCUUACGUCGACGCUACCGGGCAGGGGAACGGAGCCUAAUGGUAGCCAUCGUUAUCAACGGACUACCAGCUAAGAUCAGCAAGCCGCACGCAGGACUUUUGCCUCAGUCAAUCAACUCCGUCAAGCCCAACAGUGUCGACCGAGGACAAACAGAUCUCAAGGAUCGCGAUUUGGAGGACCCCAAGGACAAUGGACGGGGAAACCUCGCAGCGGAAAAGGUUUUAAGAAGACUCCAGGGGAAUGGGCAAGCUAAACGAACUAACAGGACGCUUAAGAUUCUUUUAAGACUGCAUCUCGAUAAACACGCGCGGAAUCAGUGGGACGACGCCUUGCCGGCAUGCCUACUGGCGUAUAGGUCGGCUGUCCACUUCCCCACUGGUCUAACUCCAGCAGCAAUGACCGUCAGACAUGAAUUACGACGGCCGGCCGAUAUCGUGGUACCACCACCUCGAGAGACGGAUUAUGUAGGACCUUCCGAAUACUUUGCUGGAGUACGACGCCAACUGCGUCGCUCUUUUGACUCAGUCAGACAUUUUGGUGUUAGUCCAUUGGUCGAAGGUGAGAAGCACUCCAUGGUGGCGACGUCUUGUGACGGGGAGUACGACUUCCGGCUGUGUGGCGUACCGCGGGCAUUGAAUGACGCGCCAGGGACUGAAGGCCAAUCCGUGGAACGGACAACGGCAGAAUCGAACAACCAGGACAAGAAUAUAUAUAGACCCUGA